GAAUCACUCAAAAUAUUUAAAUAUUUGUUAUUACUUGACUAGCUGACCAUGUCCGAACCCUAGUUGUGGAUUGCACGUCUUCUCGAACUAAAACUGUGGAACUCUUCCUCUGGUGCCGAAGUUUAUUCUUCUCUUUUGCUAGGUAUAAUAAUUUGAUGUUUCUUGGACGAUGCAACCUUUAGUAAAAAGGGUUGUCUAGGAUUUGGCGAAAAGAAUGGAUAGGAUCAGCGAUCUACCAGAUGGGAUUAUCAUCCGCAUUUUGUCCUUCCUUUCCAUAGAUGAAGCUGCUUCAACUUCCCUUCUCUCAAAGAGAUGGCGUGAUAUGUUUGCCUUCACACCAAAUCUCCAUUUUUCCCUUACCAAACCAAAACAGUUCUUGCCUUUCGUGGAUCACCGACAAAAUUUCAUGGAUUUCGUGGAUCGAGUGUUGGCUGUGUCAGGCGAUUCCGCCAUAAAGAGUUUACUCUGAAAUGUCGACUCGGUGUUGGCUCAGUUCAUACCAACCGUUGGAAAUGUAAUGUGCUGAACCGUGGUGUUGCGGAUCUUUAUCUUGAUGUAAAAGCUCAAGAUUCACUACUCUUCGAGGUCUUUGCUUGCAAGACACUUGUUAAGUUGAAACUGAAUCGUUUGAAAUUCCUAUGCUUCUCUUCCAGCUCUUAAGACUCUCUCUCUCCAUUUCGUUCGGUUCUAUAAUCUUGACGCGUUCGAAAAGCUUAUCUCUGCUUGCCCUUUACUUGAGGAAUUGAUCAUGGAUUAUAUUUCGUGGGAGCUUUGGAAAUGUUCUCACAUCCUCUCUUGUCAGACCCUUAAGAGACUUACCAUUGGAUGUAUCAGUUUUAGUGUUGAGUUGGGAAGCAUGAGUUUUGAUAAUCCCAAUCUUGUCUACUUGGAAUACUCUGAUUUUGUUCAGCUUCUUUAUCCAGUUGUUAAUCUUGACUCUCUUGUGGAAGCCAAGCUCAGGCUUACAAUGAACGAAGGAGGACCUAAAAACUGCGAUCCAUCAAAUAUGAUUAAGGGUUUAAGAAAUCUCGAGAUCCUCAACUUAUCAUGUCCUGAAACUGUGGAGAUUUUUGGGAUCUUCCAUGAAACAAUGCCUGAGUUCGAAAACCUUUUUCAUUUAUCUAUCACAUCUGAAGUGGACUUCUGUUCAUCUGUCUCUUCUCUACCAUCUCUGCAGAAGAAAUCUCCAAAUUUACACACUCUUGUCAUCAAGGGUUUCUUGCGCCAUGAUAAACCUGCAUCUGAUUGCAAAUGCUUCUUGGGAUGUUCUCGUCUAUCUUCAUGUCCUGUGAAGGUACUAGUAUUAACAGAGUACGAAGGAAGUAUCAAAGAGCUGGAGCAAAUGAAGCGUUUCUUGGAGGAAUUGCCAUGUCUUGAGCUCGUUAAAGUUUGCGCCUCUGCUAAACACAAGGAAAAGUAGCAACUCACCACGGAUUUGCUAACGCUUCCUAAAGCUUCUUCCAAAUGCGAGAUCAAGGUUGAGUUUUCUUGAAAAUACCAUAUUGGCUCUCAUAUUUGCCCAAGUCUGUUGGAACAUGAAUCUACUUACUGUUAUGACCAUAUUGAGCCCUCAUGCGUAGUGUAUUUGAU